AUGCUCUCCUCCCCAACUCGUUUUCUCCAUUUUCUCUCACCGCCUCCUUUCCGUUCCUCUCUCCCAACCCUCGGAUCUAACGGCGGUCCCAUAUCCCUUCCAUCGUACCUGCUCUCUCAUUGCAACGUCGUUCCCUCCUACGUCCCCCGUCAACUGCCCUCCUUCCUUCCCCCCAUCAUAAACACUAACUUCCGUACCCCCUUCCCCCCUUUCCCGCUCUCGCUUCCAAACCCCACAACAGCCCGCCUGCUCCUCGCGCUGCUGGUCCCGCUUCUCCUCGCGUGCCCCACUCUCACGAGCGCUCAGUCGACCCCCUACGAUCCGUUUUUGGAGUACAUACAAGGCAUUUUGAACGGCUCGAUUCCCGUCGGGAAGAUCGACUCCUUGCUCUUCACCCAGGCUAACAAAUACAACCUCGCUCUCAGCAACAGCCUGUCCAAAUACACCUUCCCCACUAACCAGCCUGCUCCAGUUGCUACCUCCCGCAACCGGUUUAUCGGAUACAGCCUCAGCAGCAUUCGGAACAGCAUUCAAUGGCUCAGCAGCAAUAACACAGCCAGCGCUGCAGCCAGAGGGAAGCUUAAAGCCAUUCUCGCGUUUUUUAGGCAGCCGAGGGUUUCAAAGGCAUUGGGUGGGACGAGUGAGGCGCUCUUUAUAGCGCCGGAUGCGAGUGUGACUAAAGUGAGCGCGAGCCAGUACCAGAUCCAGGAUCAUAAUGAACGGGAUGGGGACAGCAGGGAUGAUAGUGAUGAUGACGAUGUGUGUUACGAGCCUUAUGGAACCGUGCGAAUCAUCAAAUACACGACCCCCGAGAAUGUCUCAUACGUGAAAUUCUAUGUGAACAGCAAAUGCUUACCUAAUGUGCGGAAAGUGGAGAUUCGUAACGCACAAUACGGGCAAACGGGGCCGCUUGUAAUGGAGAGGUAUCUCUCCAUCGCGUCUCGCGCAAUGGCAACAUUGCUGCGCCUGAAGGCCGCCAUUCUCCCGUCGCCUGUAGCGUCAUCGACGGUAUCCGGAGUCGCAUCCCACUCGCGCAGCGCGCUCCUCGUUACUUCGCGUCUACUUUCCCCGUCGCGAGCGUCGUCCGUCGCAUUCAGUCGCACGACUUUCGCCGCUGGUCGGGCGACUACGACCACACUUUUCGCCGGCCCGAGAAAACCGCUGUCUGGUUCGGUUCCAAACCCACAACGCAGCGGAAUUUGUCUAGCCUCGUCCGCAGCUUCGGGGGCGUUAGGCUCGGGCGCCAAUGUAGCGGCGACUGCGACAGCGUCUACGGUUUCUGAGCCUGCGACGGAGGUUCGAGAUGCUAGCUCGGCGUCGCAGAGCGCGCCGAACCUGGGAGGGUUCGAGUUUCCAGUGAUUAAGGAGGCGAAGCGCGUGGUGCUGGUGCGACACGGGGAGAGCACGUGGAACGCGACGGGCAGAAUUCAGGGCAGCUCGGAUUUUUCCGUGCUGACCGCGAAGGGCGAGAGCCAAGCGGAGACGAGCCGGCAGAUGCUCGCCGCGGACUCGUUUGAUGUGUGCUUCCACAGCCCGUUGCAGCGGUCAGCGCGGACAGCGGAGGUUAUUUGGGCGGCGCGCACGGCACCCAUGAUCCCGCUGCAUGAUCUGAGGGAGAUCGACCUGUACUCGUUUCAGGGGCUAUUCAAGGAGGAGGGGAAGGCGCGGUUUGGUGAAAAUUACCGCAUGUGGCAGAAGGACGCAGCAAACUUUGAGAUUGACGGGCACUACCCCGUGAGGGAGCUGUGGGCGCGCGCUGCGGCGUGCUGGCAGGAGAUCCUGCGCAGCGAAGGGCGGUCGGUGCUGGUGGUGGCACACAAUGCUGUCAACCAGGCUCUCGUAGCAACUGCAACAGGCCUGGGUCCGGAGUAUUUCCGCCUCUUGCUGCAGAGCAACUGCGGUGUCAGCGUGCUGGACUUUGUCCCGCACUACAAGCCCCACGCCCACACUCACACUCCUGACAAAGCCGUGCCUCCAUACAAGGCGCACGACUACAGUCACGCUCACAGCGACGCUGGUGCCGUGCUGUUGGAUGCUGCUUCUUCAGAAGGAGGCGUGGAGGGAGAGGAGUAUCUGCUGCCCUAUGUGUGUCUCAACCGUCUCAACCAGACCCCAGCCCCGCCUGUACUGUCAGGGGCGUCAGGCGGAAGGAAGGCCAAGGCACGAGUCAUCCUGGUGUGCCACGGGGACACAAACAGCUCGGCACAACGGCGAUUCCCCCAAUCUCCAUUUGAGCAGCUGAGCAUGUUGGGCGUGGUGCAGGCGCGCAAGACCGCCGAGCUUUUGCUCGACGUGCGCGUCGACACGGUCUUCAGCUCGCCGCUGCCCCGCGCUGUGCGCACGGCAGAGGCGGUGGUGGAGGUGCAGGAGGCGGCAGAAUGCCUGGGCGCUGAUUGUGUGCCACGGUUUGUGGAAGUGGUAUCAGUGGAGGAGCUCAGAGAGUUGGAGUACGGCACAUGGCAGGGAGCAAUGAUGGCAGAGGUAUCAGCACACGAGCGCUGGGAGGAUCAAAUCAAAUCUUCCCCGCCGCCCAACGGAGAAUCUCUGCCGUCCCUGUGGAACCGCGCUGAGAAGGCAUGGACUGUCAUUCGCCGCCACCUGGCAGAAGUGGAGCGUGCCACAUCAGCAAGUACAGGUGCUGAUGUGGCAGCUGCAAAAGAAGCAGGGCCAGGAAGCCCCCCUAUUGAGCGAUCUGAGACUGUUAUUGUGGUGGGGCAUGAAACAGUGUUCCAAGCAAUGCUUGCGUCCUGCCUGAAGCUUCCUCACGAUGCUCUGGGAAGCUUCCGCCUCGACCCUGGGAGCAUCACCGUUGUCGAUUUCCCUGAUGGUGUUGGUGAGCCCAAGGACAAUAACGAGUCUGACAAUAAGGGGGACAGCGCAGCAGGAAUAGCAGCAGGAGUGGUGGGGCAGGGUGUGGUGAGGUGUAUCAACUACACUGCUCAUCUCGGCAGAUGGGCCGUGCCAGUCACCCUGCCUACAUCCAACGAUGAGGACUUUUGA